GACGAGUUCGCUCUUAUUCUUUUCCUUUCUGAAGCGAACGCAGAAAGGAGGUGGUGAAGAUGGCCGCGAGCGCAGGGGACGUCGAAGUGGUAGAUUUCGAGCCGGACGACGACGACCUCAUGGACGAGGAUGCCGCCGCCCACGCGGACGCCUCCCCUACGGCCACUGCCCCCAAGCUUCGCUCCGCCGUCACCGGCGGCGCCUCCUCCUUCGCCUUCGGCGAGACCCGGAAGACCAAAGGGAGGGGCUUCCGCGAGGAUGCGGGACCCGACCAAGGCAGCCGCCUUGCCGCCCGGGACUUCGAUUCCCUCGACUCCGAUGGCGGGCCCGGCCCCCAGCGAUGUGUGUUUACUGUUGAGGGAUGGAUUGUGCUGGUCACUGGGGUUCAUGAAGAGGCACAAGAAGAUGAUGUCCAUAAUGCCUUCCGUGAAUUUGGCCAAGUCAAGAACUUGCAUCUCAAUCUUAACCGUCGCACUGGAUUUGUGAAGGGUUAUGCGCUGAUUGAAUAUGAGAACUUCAAGGAAGCACAAGAUGCAAUUACAAUGCUGAAUGGAACCGAGCUCCUCACACAAACCAUAUAUGUUGACUGGGCAUUUAGCAAAGGUCCUAUCAGGCGCAGAAACAUGGGGAGGAGAUUAAUCGUUUGUCAGGUCUUCUAUUGGAUACUCGUCGUGCUCUAUCUACGAUUGAUAAGGACGAGCGGAUCCGGAUACUGCAGGAGAUGGAGAAAUUAUGCUUCGAGAUAUUGACGGCGAUUGGAGCAUUCUAUGUGUCAGAUAUGAAAUAUACACCGUCACUACGUGCUUCAGAUAUGCCAGCACCACGUAUUUCGCAGAUGUCACCAUCACAUGCUGCACAUAUGUCACCAUUUUUUGAUCCACAAAUGUCAGGACCUUCAUCUUCCUACAUGCCCCAAAUGACAGCAUCGAAUUCGAGUUGGCAUCAUGACUUUUCAUCUGAGUGGUCUGAUCUUUUUGUUACAGAUCCAUCAUUGGAUCCAUAUGAGAAGGUUGAGGAGGUCACUCAGCUCGUAGAUGCUCCAACAACAUCUAUUAUUCUUGAUAUGCAUGCUCAGGAGAUGUCCACUAUUUAUAGGAGGGGAGCCAUCACAGGUGACACAAGAGCAGGAGUGACCGUUGAGGAUCUUCGUGAGAAGGUCUAAGCGGCCACGGGCACCACGACACUCUUGUGGGACUUAGUAUUUUUUGAAUUUGUAGUAUUGUGAGAUUUGUUUUGUAAAUUAUAUAUUUUUGUCCUAUCUUAUAUUAUUCAUUAUUGUUUCUAUCAGAGUUUUAGAUAUUUUGCUUGUUUAAUUCAAGUAUUA